CCGCACCAAUAUCCAUCGGCAUCCCCAAGCGAUGCUAUAGUAACCCCACGCUUUCCUUCGUCGACGUUCAUCCACAGACCUGUCUGUGGCUGCGGCAGAAGACGCUGGGCUCGUGGUUCUCGCUAUCCGAGGCACAAGGACCAGCCGCUUGUUCAAAACUUCUCCCCCUGGCACCACUCUGCCAUCAAUCCGUAAACCCUAAAGGAGUCCGGUCGGUCCACGCAUGGCUUCUGAGACGGAGGGUUUCUUGGAGUAUUCUUGUAGGUCUGGACGUUUGCUUGGGUUGGACCGGUGUUGAGAUCGUUUGACAAUUUACGGCCUUUUGAAGGGUCCUCUGCGGGAGAUUGUAGUUUGCAGCGCAGUUCAAGUGAAGGUAAUGGAGGCUACGCUAUUUGGUGGUGGAUGACAAAGUCAGUUCCCCUGACUUCAUUAAUCCAUGGUUAUGCGAUUCUCAGGACUGAUCUCGAUACCUUGGAGCCGUUGCAAGGGAUACAUUGGAAAUCAAGUCGAUUGCAUCUUGGUGUUCACAGGAUCGAAAACAGGCAGAGCAACGGCAUGGAAUCUGAAUCUAGGUUAGGUCGAAUGAUGGACAUGACACCUUUGGGGUCGGGAUUGCAAGGGCAACCUGUUCCUGGUGGAGCUGCGCUCGGCCUUGGGCCUUCGUUGGAGAAUUCGUUGCCGCAACCCAUGUACACUCGGGGGUCUGGGCAGGUAAUGACAGAAGAGCAGCUCGAAACAUUGCGACGACAGAUUUCGGUGUAUGCAACAAUCUGUCAACAACUUGUUGAAAUGCACAAAGCGAGUGUUUCACAACAAGCAUCUCUUCCUGGCAUUCUAGCAAGUGGUCAGAUUGUGUCGAUGGACCAUCUCACUGGAACACCCCCUCACAAAUCGACAGCAAGACAGCGGUGGACCCCCAGCCAACAUCAGCUGCAAAUUUUAGAAAAGUUGUUUGAGCAAGGCAGUGGCACACCCAACAAACAGCGCAUUAAAGAGAUUACUGCCGAACUCAGUCAGCAUGGUGCAAUCUCGGAGACAAAUGUGUACAACUGGUUUCAGAAUCGCAAAGCCCGAGCCAAAAGGAAGCAGCAAUUGGUUACCCCAAGGGAUGGUGAAUCGGAAGCAGAUACAGAUGUAGAGUCACCAAAGGAAAAACGUACAAGACAGGAAGGUGAACAAAAUCAGGACGAAUCAGGGGGUGUUGGUGAUACAAAUGGUGGAGGCAACUCUGAUGGAGCUGGAAAUGGGGUUCCUGAGCAAAGAGCUGCCAACUUUGACCAGCAGGAUGCCGCUUCGUCUGCGCUGCUGCAUUCACAAACAGAUACUAAACCUGAUAUAUCAUCAUUUAACAGGAGUGCUGGGUUCGAUCCUCAUAAUGUAUCUCAAGGCAUCCCUCCCAUGAUGAGUUAAGCGGCAUGCAGCUGGUCUUGUAAUCUUGGUAUUUACGGAUUGAACUUGGUAGCAUUGCGAUUAGUGUCCAGCAAGCAAUACUGUGUCAAGCUAUGGGUCUGCCAAUGUCCUGUAACGGCUGCAACAGAAUUCCUGCCUGGCCAAGUUGGGCCACGAAGACCAAUAUUCGUCGUUUCUCUGCAUCUGAAUCAAGCACGAUGGCAAUCUCAUCAAGAGACUACGCAACGACGCGUUCUACACCACACUUUCAUGUCUGGCAAAAGUACCCUUUUCUUGCCGUUUCGACAAUGUUUGUGAACAAGUCCCUUUCUGUCCAGGCUCUUCACAAGCUCCGGAGUGCCACACCACUCACGGUCAAGUGCCAAAUGAAUGAGGGGUGGAAAAGCAGGGAAGAAUGAUUUUUUUCCAAUGCAUUCUUCAAGUGUGGAGAGGGUUGAAAAUAGAGGCAUAGCCUUGACCUUUCUUCUACAUAAAGUUUUGUUCUAUUGAGUUGUAAAUGAGGCAAGGUCCAGCACCCAUCUCUACAGUUUCACAAAGAUGAGAAACUGCUC